AAACUUAACCUCAAAGAGUCGGGAACGUCGGGUCGUAUUAACGAAGAUGAAUUUGUUACCGAAAUCGCAUGAGGAAUUUAGCCAGAAAGAAUAUUGGGACUCGUUUUUCAAAAAACGGGGUAACAAAGCAUUUGAAUGGUAUGGCGAAUAUCCGGAACUAUCAGAACAUUUACAUAAAUACAUAAAAAAACAAGAUCAAGUGCUGAUCACAGGCUGUGGCAACUCUGCUUUAGGCCAAGACUUAUAUGACAUUGGAUAUGAGAAAAUCACAAAUAUUGAUAUAUCCCCAAUUGUUAUAAGACAAAUGUUGUCGCAAAAUGAAAAAGACAGGCCCGACUUGAAGUACCUGCAAAUGGAUGCACUGAACACAACUUUUGACAAUGAACAAUUUAAUGUAGUAUUGGACAAAGGCACGUUGGAUGCUUUAAUGCCCAAUGACAACCCAGACACAGUUACCACCAUAACAAAAUACUUUGAAGAGAUCAGAAGAGUAUUAAAAAUAGGCGGUCGAUACAUAUGUGUCACCCUCUUGCAAGAACACAUUUUAAAUAUACUUUUAAGCUAUUUUCCAUCCAACAAUUGGAUGUUUAGAGCGGUUCGUUGUUUUGAUGCGGAAAAAAAAGCGAUCGAAAAUGGUGAAAACGCUUUUCCAGUAUUUAUAACAAUCUGUACCAAAUUUAAAGAUUUACCUAGAAAAAUUCUAGAAUUAAAUCUGGGUUCGUUUGAUAAGAUGCAACGUUUGGAAUCCGUGGAAGAUGUAAAAACUCAUAUAAGUGGAGCACAACGUGCCUCGUUCGUGUGUUCCGGCUUGAAGCGAAGCUUGUUAAAUGAAGAUGACGAAGUUUCUUUUGAUUUAAUGGUACCUGGAAGUGAUAAAGCCCGGUUCACUGUUUACGUUGUUGACGUCUCGCCUGCUGCCAAAAAUUCGCAGUACGCCGCAUUUAUUGUACCUCAAGGAAGAGAAGCUGAGUGGAUGUUUUCGACAAAAGCGGGACGUAAAUGCUUGGUAAAAACGACAAAACACAACAGAUUGGCAAUUAUUACGAUGCAUCGCGGACAAGUGUACAACUCAUUCGAAGCGGUCCAAGACGAACUGUCCGAUAUCGUUUGUAAUUUAGCUCCGGCUAAUAUGACCACGAAAAAGAUUCCGUUUUUGUCUUUGGGUUCCGAUGUAGGCAAGAGGACGGUCAGACACGAAGGGAAAUCGGAAUUAUCCGGCGGUUACAUAAUCGAAGACGUAGAAACAGAUACGAAGGAAAAAUUCAGACGACUCUUCUUUUCAAGUACUCAAAUGGUGAUUCAGUCUGAGGCCAAACUGAAAACGAUCUUAAAAAAGGGACAGCCAAAAGAAAUUGUGGAUCUAAACUUUUUAUCCUGCCAGCAUCACAUUUAUAUGAGUGUAGGUGCGCACUUGGCAGCUAACGGACUGACAAACGCCGUUAUCGCUGUGAUCGGUCUUGGAGGUGGAAAUUUAUGCUCGUUUCUGCACAAAUUUCUUCCAAAUGCGAAGAUAACGGGCGUAGACAUCGACAAGGACAUGCUGAAAAUUGCCACCGAUUGGUUUGGGUUCCAGCAGAACGACAAGUUGAGCGUCGUCAUUGAAGACGGUCUCGAGUUUAUCAGAAAUGCGGUACGCAGUGAGAAGAAAAUCAAUGCGUUACUCUUCGACGUUGACAGUAAAGAUACGUCGAUAGGUAUGAGUUGUCCUCCCAAACAAUUUUUGGAUGACAGUGUUUUGGAUGAUAUUGUUACAAUAUUGGAUUACAGAGGGCUCUUUGUGCUGAACAUCGUUCUGAGAGAUACUUCGUUGAGGCCGGAAAUUCUUUUGAAAUUGAAAAAGAAAUUCAAAACGAUUGUGGCUUACAAGUUUGAAGCAGACGUCAAUGAAAUUAUGAUUUGCUCCAAGGAUGAAAUUGAGGAGGAGAAACUCAAACAGUCUCUUAUGGAAUCGUGUAAAGUCGUAAAUAAAUUUUUCAAAAAUAAAAACUUGAAAUGUGACAUUUGUGUGAGCGAUUAUAUCAGUUCCUUAAAAAUAAACUCUUGAGAAAAUGAACAA